AUGUAUAGCAACAAUUAAAACUAUAGAUAAAUAAUAAUUGAAAGAUUUAAUAAAUCAAUAUAUUUAUACUCAAAAUAAUAUGAAAUCAUAUUGUAAAUAAAAUAAUUAAAAAUGUAAAAUUAGACAAGGCUAAUAUCUGUGAAUUUAACAAAGGUCAAAGUAGAAAAUUAAAAAUCACGGUUUUGUUACUUAACAUUAUUUAUAAAGCAGUAUUUAUUUAAAUAGAUUGAUUAGAAAAAAGUUGUUAGCAUAUUUCUAGAUAUUAUUUUAAUUCAGUAUAUUAUUUGAGAGACUUAAAGAAGACAUUUUUGAAUAAGAAAUCUUAAAGUUCAGCAUUUUUUAAAGAACAUAUAAAUUAAAAGCAUUAUUUGAUCACAUCUAGAAUUUAGAAUUAGAAAAAGAACAUAUGCAAGAGAAACUCUUUAAUAUUCAAUUAAAUAUAAGUAAGAGAUGUAAAGUUUUAUUGUUUUAAUUAACACUUUAGGAUUAUCAUUUACUAUUAGAAUGAAUCUUUAAUAUAUUAUAUAGAGAAUGAUUAUUUUAGAUAGAUAUUCAAUAUCAUUGUGAUGUAUACAUUUUUUAUUGAUUUUAGAAACCUAAUUAGAGUACCUUUUUAAAAUAAACUUAUUUCAAAAUUAUCAACAUUAGGAAUUUUGCAAGAGAAAUUAUAAAAAAAAUUAUGUUAUGAUUUUAACUGUUUCCUAAGACGUUUAUGGUAAUAAAGUAUGUAAAUUAAUUUAUCUUUAUAAUUUUGGAUUAUAAUAAUCAACUAUCAUUAUAAAAGAAUGAAUUUCAGUUGGAUAUAACAAUAUAUUAAAACAUUUAAGGUUGUUAAAUAAGGAUUUGAGGAAUGUUUUUUUGAUUGA